CAUUGUGGGAGCGUAGUGUCAAACAUGGCGGCGCGCAACUUUGCCCGGUUUGUCCCAUCACUGAACCAAGUAUUUAUUAACCGUGUCAAUAAUGCUGCGAUAUUAACAGCAGUUCCGCUCAUUCACGGAAGAACAUUCUCACACCUGACUAAUGGACACAAGUCUUCGCUGGCGCAGAUCUCUGCCAAUACGCUUCACGUCUCUCAGUGGAGGCAGUACAGUGAUUUGCCCCCAUUAACUCUACAGAGUGUCCAUGACCGUGUGCUCUAUGUGCUGAAGCUGUAUGACAAAAUCAACCCUGAGAAGCUCCAGGCUACAUCUCACUUCAUGAAGGACUUGGGAUUGGACAGUUUAGAUCAGGUGGAGAUCAUCAUGGCCAUGGAAGAUGAAUUUGGUUUUGAGAUCCCUGAUACUGAAGCAGAGAAGUUGAUGACACCACACGAGAUCAUUCAGUACAUCGCUGACAAGAAAGAUGUCUAUGAAUGAGAAUGACAAAUUAUUGCAAAGAGAAUCCUGUCACAUGACAAACACCAUGGAUGUUUUGUCACAAACUGCUCUUUUUUUCUUCUGUUUUUCUUUUUGUAUUUAGAUAAAUCUGUGUUCAUAAUUUUGUUUUUGGUUGCUUGUAAUGUUCAGGAUGGCAUAAUUUUCUGCUAGAUGCAUUAACAAGCUCCUUAUUCAUACAAUAAGUGUGUGAACGUAAUGUGAAUAAUUCAUAUGAUACUACAAUAAUAAAGAGAUUAAAUCACUUUUAAA